CAAUUUAAACAAAAAUUCAAACAGCAAAUUAAGAAGAACCUUACCACAAUCUCAACAUGUCAGCCCCAACCUCCAAUAACAACAAUAACCAGGCAAGCAUGCUCGCUGGACAUGCUCAAUAUGCCAAGGGAUACGUUGAGGAGACUGUCGGAAACCUCACCGGUUCCAAAGAAUGGCAAGAAAGUGGCAAGAAGGACGCCGAAGCUGGUAUUGGAGAAAUGAAGGCAGCGAACCAGAACCGCACAUCCGAGCCAGCAGCAAGCGGAAUUGGUGGCAGAGUCGAGGAAUUGGCAGGCAAGGCAACCGGAUGCGAGGGUAUGGAGAAGGAGGGCGCUGAGAGGCAGGCGAAAGCUGCGUAAACGCCAAUGACCUGGAAAUAGAAGACACACUCAGAUUUUGGACGUAAAGUUAAAUGAACCCACAUCACACGGGUUUUCGCAAGUCGCCGAUGCUUUGCAGUUCUACGGAUUGUUCUCGUCCUCGCUUGGUUCCACCAACUGGUGAAAGUGCGAUAGCUGUUAUAUCUUUUGAAGAUUUUGACUUCGUGGCAACUUAGGAUCUUGUGGACGAAUUGAUUGUGUAGGUGGGAGGUAGGGAAGCAGGAAAGGUUAGGUGACAGCGGAAAACUCGUCGGGAGAGCCGUGAGAGAAGCACUGCCGUAAUCUGACAACUUGGAACUGGUUAAAACUCU